GAAUAAUGGAAUCAUAACACUGAUCCUAUUCAUUUGACUUGAAACGGAUCUGAACGCACCCGAUCAAUUUCAUAAAGCUUGUCAGUUGUCUGUAAUGGUACCUGAAUCACCAUUAGAGCUAAAUGUGUUGGAUGUAAACUAUGCAGAUCUUCAGGAAUGUUGCUGUAAUGCAUUCUCUCAGCAGGAAACCAGGAUGUAGACAUCUAAGGUGGACCAGCUAUCAGCAAGAAAUCUUUUUUUUCCUUGUAAAACCAGCAUCCAACUGAGUGUUUUACAUUUACCAGCUAAAUCACGUCAUUUCUAUGGUGUUCUUUGGAUUGUUUUGGGCCAGUGUUAUGUUUCUGCUGCUGUAAUUUCACUGCAGAGCAUUUAUUAAGCCUGAGCUACUGACUACAGGCAUCGAAAUGAAAAGAAACGGCGCGUACAGGUUUCUCUCCGUGUUUUCCUGUCUCAUCGUGUGCGCUUUCUUGUUCUUGUUUUGGUUUUUCUUGUUUUACUCCAUGAUGAACGCGCCGUGAAGAAUGUAUUUAUAUUAACGUGAAACAUCUGGAGUGCUAAGAUAGGCGGCUAGCCAGUUUUCUUGCUAACCAGUCAUUUUGAAAGGUCGGGCUAAAUUUAGUGUUGUUUGAGCGGCUAUUUUUCCUAAACGUGCUUUGUGGGGUCUUCAAAAAUCUUAACCUUGUUUCAUUACAACAUUUAAUUCGACACUGGGCUAAUUUUAGGACAUUUUGCAAUUGCUAACUAGCCAAAGCUAGCGACCCAGCAACCAAGCUAGCUAAGUUGUACCAUAUUCUCUAUAGGUUUGUGUAAAUCAAAUAAGCGACUAGACUUGUAUGCAGUGGCAUGCUAUUAGAUACUGACUAUUAAAAAAACUAAUUACAACAAUCAAUAAACAGCUAUUCUUAGACAUAUUCGGCAUAAUGCAUGUAGCCACUGUGAGCUAGUCCUCCUUCGCCACCACACUGCGGCUGCGCGUGACGUCAGUCACGUGAUUAAAACAAGGAAGUCAAUUUCUGAACUGUACUUAAUGCUCAAAUGGCAGCUGAAUCUGUGGAAAAGGGCGCAGCUCCUCCCAAGUUGCAGUUUGCCCCUUUCUCUAGUGCCCUAGAGGCAGGAUUCUGGCAUCAGCUCACCCAGAAGAAGCUCAACGACUACCGGCUGGAUGAAAGUCCAAGAAGCAUCAAGGGUUAUUAUUACAACGGUGACCCAUCUGGCUUGCCGACUCGUUUGACCCUGGAGUUCAGUGCAUUUGAUGUUGAUGGACCCACUCCAGCCUACUGCUGUGCUGCUAAGGGAACUCUGUACAACACCAACACGCUGGAAGCCUUUAAAUCCACCGACAAGAAAGCACUUCUAGAUAAAGCAGCUAAUGAGAUUUGGACGGCCAUACAGUCAGGUGCUGCAGUGGAAGACCCUUCAGUCCUGAGCAACUUCAUCAUCUUGACAUUUGCGGAUCUGAAGAAAUACCAGUUUUAUUACUGGUUCUGCUUCCCUGCUCUCUGCUUCUUGGAAGGAGUUCAGCUUGUGAAGGAUCCGGUGUUGCUACAGCAGAAAUUCUCCCCUCGGCAGGUGUCUGCUUUUCAAGCAGCCUAUGAUGGGCUAUGUUCGUCGAGUGGAGCCACAGCUGUGCCAUAUUUUCUGGUGAAGUACUCUGAGGAGAACGUUGAAGUGGCUCUGCUGAAAGACUGGGGCUCAUUCUUCACAGAUCUAAAGAAGGUAACCGUGGGUGUCUAUGACCCAUGCACGCUGCCUCAACAUCCUGGCUGGCCUCUUCGUAAUUUUCUGAUCCUCCUUGCCAGCAAAUGGGGUUCACAGCUGGACGUGCUUGAAAUUGUGUGCUUCAGAGACAGGACACUCCAGGGCUGUCGCUCAGUGCAGCACAGCCUUGUUUUGGAGGUCAAGUUGCCCAGUCUGUCCAUGUCUGCAGCUUGUCCAAAGAGUGUGGGCUGGGAGAAGAACCCCAAAGGAGCAAUGGGGCCUAGAAGUGUCAAUCUCAGUGAAUGCAUGGACCCAAAAAGACUUGCAGAAUCAUCAGUCGACCUUAAUCUGAAGUUGAUGCGCUGGCGGCUUGUCCCCUCUCUGGAUCUGGAUAAAGUUAUCUCCACCAAGUGUCUCUUGCUUGGAGCUGGUACGCUAGGCUGCAACGUGGCAAGGACACUCAUGGGCUGGGGAGUGAGACACAUCACAUUUGUGGACAAUGCAAAGAUCUCCUACUCGAACCCCGUGCGUCAGGCUCUCUAUGAAUUUGAGGACUGCCUGAGUGGAGGGAAAACUAAAGCCUUGGCUGCAGUGGAUAGAUUAAGGAAGAUCUUCCCGGGUGUGAAUGCUGAGGGAUUCAACAUGAGCAUCCCCAUGCCUGGCCACCCUGUGAGUUUUUCUGAAGUGAUGAUUUCUCAGGCACAGAAAGAUGUGGAACAGUUGGAGGCACUAAUCUCAGCACAUGACGUUGUCUUCCUGCUUAUGGACACGCGGGAGAGUCGAUGGCUCCCCACUGUCAUCGCAGCUAGCCAGAGAAAGCUUGUAGUUAAUGCAGCUCUCGGGUUUGACACCUUUGUUGUAAUGAGGCAUGGCCUUAAGAAACCCAAAGACUCAGACGCUGGAGACUCCAGUGCAUCAUCAUCCUUGUCUGCAUCAGACUCCUCUUCAGCCUCGACUCCAGCAAUACCAGGAAUGUCACUCUUCUCUAACAUACCUGGUCAUCGACUAGGCUGUUACUUCUGCAAUGACGUUGUUGCCCCUGGAGAUUCAACCAGGGACAGGACUUUGGAUCAGCAGUGUACGGUGAGCCGGCCUGGUUUGGCCAUGAUUGCCGGAGCUCUGGCUGUUGAGUUGAUGAUCUCCAUUCUACAGCACCCAGAGGGAGGCUACGCGGUGGCGAGUAGCAGUGAUGAUCGCAUGAACGAACCGCCGACCUCACUUGGCCUCGUCCCACAUCAGAUUCGAGGCUUCCUCUCCAGAUUUGACAACGUUCUUCCUGCCAGCUUGGCCUUUGAUAAAUGCACUGCCUGCUCCCCAGUGGUCCUGGACCAUUAUGAGCGUGAAGGAUUCCAGUUUUUGUCCAAGGUGUUUAACUCGUCUCAUUCCUUUUUGGAGGAUUUGACAGGUCUGACCCUGCUGCAUCAGGAGACACAGGCUGCUGAGAUUUGGGACAUGAGUGAUGAUGAAAGUAUUUGAAGACGGAUCUGCAGACGGAUGAACCUGACGCAGGUCAGCACUGGACACCUCAGCCAUGUCUGCAUGACAUUACCAAAACUUGGGCAACACUCAGAUGGCGCUUAACAUUAUUACCAGACAUUCCUCCAUAAUGCACUGAUAAUGGAUCCAGCACUCGCUUAUUAAAGAAGAAACGCAACAGUUCUGUGUAUGCGGGUGAUUCCCAUACAGUCCUGUUGUCCAUAACCAAAAUGUUCGUUUAAUCAAAUGUCAAUAUCCCUAGUGUCUGUCAUGAACAGCUAAUAGAUAUCAUCUCUGUAGUGUCUCUCCAAAUGAACACAUUUUAAUGAGUGUGUUUACAUGUAAAAAAAAUAAAAUAAAAAAUCAUCAAAUAAAAAAAAAAAUCUCUCCAAUAGGCUCAAAUAUACUGUGUAGGUAAUUUGAUGAUGGGAAAGCUCAGGUGUACAUGAAUCAGUCAUUCAUCACAUUAAUGUCUGCUCAGUUGCAUUGGGUUUUAAUGUGAUCAUAAACUAGAAGUCCUUAAAAAUUAUACAGUAAAUUUAUCUUAAUCUAUUUGGAAAUCAAAACCUUGGAGUUAACAGCAUCUUCAUCUUCAAUAAGCUCCCCAGACAAAAAAAUGAGCUGUGUGUUUCAUUUCUUCUAUGAUACUUGGUUACUCUCGCCUCUCAGUGGUGUUUCACGUGCUGUUUAAAAUGACCUCACAGGUGACUGACGUCUGCUGAUACUGCAGGCCAGUUAAAGUGUCCCAGUGUCCCAUCAGCUUCCUUCCUGAAGCACUAAAGACAACCUCAGAUUGUCUGACUAAUGACUGACCAUCUGUUUUUGCACAGUUACACCCUUCCCGGUGUGAAAUCUAUCGAUAUUUUGUGCAAUAAGGUACUACUACUGAUGGAUAUAACGAAAUUAUAUUUUGUCUUGUGGUUUUAAUUAUGCUCUUUAAUUUCCUGUAACAGCAGCUCUGACAGUAGAUCCGAAUGUAACAUAAAUCAUAGAUAUAUAUUCGUGCACUAGUUCUAAUACAUUAUCGUUUCUAUAGUAACAGCUAAACAGACUUGUACACGCCACAUAAUCUGCAGCUAAUAAUAAAAAUAAAAAGAUAAAAAGAUAUAUGUUGUGGAUGAACAAAGAAAAAAAGCAUAAUCGUUGCCGUGAAGUUUUUCUGUAAGGUGACGUUUGUUUACCGUUAAUGGAAGGAGUCUCGGGUAAAUCAGGACAGAGUCAGGACAGAGUCUUCAGCAGAGAAGAGUUUGUGCUUCCUGGUUUCUCAGUAACACAAAGUUCUUUAUUUGUCUUAAUUUCAAGAAAGAGAAAAAAAAGAGGCUGGUGAGGAAACGAUGAUUUAAGUGACAACAGGAACUAACUUGUCUUACAGACAUUCCACAACAUUAAAUCUAUCUCUAGCAUUCAAAACAUGUGAUCUGGCAUUCCAUAAUAAAUUUUAAAACAUGUUACUAUUGGCAAA